CUGUAAUAGCACACAUGCCCACAAGGGGUCGUCAAAUCAUACCUCUGACACUUUUGGCGCUCUCUUCGCAGUAAACCCUGGAGUCAGGGACGUGAUUUCUCUUCUAAUGAAAAGACGUUCCUUAACAGCAAUAACAGUCGGGAGUCCGGAAAACUAGGGAAUAGCUACUAUUUAGCGCUCUCCCAAUUCUGGACUGGGGAAAUUACUACCCAGCGGGCAAAAUAAUAUGCUUUCAUUAUUGAACUGAGCAUCAUUGUGCUGCUGCAGUGGAUACUGAAUGCACAGUAGCCUACAGAGUGCUCUCCACAAAUGCGUCCCCUAAAUUUUCAAUGCCGCUGUUUUUAUUGAAAUACAGCAAGUGGGAUUGGUGGACAGCUUCACUCUGUGCAGUCAGAUAUUGAUCAAAUGACUUUUUUACGAACAAAAGGGCAACCUAUCUCAUGGAUACAAAAAUGGCAUGUAAUUUGAGCAAUGCGCAUAAUUCCUGUAUUUUUGAUAACGGCGGAGUGGAGAGAGCUCCUGCUUUGGAUUCGGUGGAAUGGAUAGAUUGGAGAGCCUCGGGAUGUGAGAAAAACGGAAAGACACCAGGUCCCGACGCAAUGUUUAAAUGUAUAAUAUCAUUGGGAAUAUUUUUACUUCUUUUACAAUCAGCUCUGGCUUUUGAAGAUGACGGGAGUUAUGAAGGGUCAGCGCCGAGCUCUCUCCGCCAGGACCCCUCCCCCUCGGUUGUCCCCUCUCACCUUUUGGCCGGCUUUUCUCCGGAAGAUUCAUCGGCGGCAGCGGAGAUCGCGAGGAGGCAGCCUGCCUUCUCGUCCAUACUCACCAUGCUCGCCAGCAUGGUCCAGAGGCCCCAGUCUUUAGUGCAGUCGCUUCCCCCUGCAGCCACUUCCAGCAACGACAUCCAGGCUGACCACUGGCCUUCGGAGAACCAAACCGGAGAAGCGCUGCCUUUGUCUUCAGGGCCCGCGGCAACCGGCAUUCCAUCUUCAAUCUCAGAGGAAACAACAAUGAACAAGACCUCUACAGCCGUUGUGUCCCCUCUCACAGCUUCCAAAGAAGCGGAGGUUCCAACCGUAAAGAAUGCCACCAACUCACCCCCUUCCCCUGUGAGAUAUACCUCCACACCCGAAACCACAACCACAACCGCAACCGCACGAGUGAAAACCACCACCACCACUCUCACCACUCAGGAAUCUGCAAGAACCACCACCCCUCAGACCACAAGCGUCACCAGCAAGACCACGACCACUGAGGUCACGAGGCCCACAACCAUUGCGACGUUGCAGCCGACCACUGUCGCGCAGACGAUGCCGACCCAGACCGAGACAACGACCACAGAGCGAACGACCACGACCACGGCCAAAACGUCAACUACUGUUGCGACCCCCACGUUCAGAGUCACUACGCAGACGUUCAAAACGCCCCCUCCUGGACGGAGGGUAGUUGGACUCAAUCCCACCCCCACCCCCAAGGUUCCUGCACUGCACUGUAAUAUAUCAGAGAGACUCUGGGUGAAAACAGUUUUGUCCAUACAUCAAAGGAGAAACCGGCUUGAAAACAUGCUGAGACAGAAUCUCCCAAAAGCCCUCACACAGGUCCUGCAGAAGGCUCUCAACGACAGCGGUGUCCAUGCACAGAUCGAGAAGCUGUUCGUCGGCUCCAACGUGACCGCGGCCUACUACGCAGUGAGCGGCGGCAUGGUCUACAUGGCGUCCGUGGUGGUGGAGGCCCUCGGCGUGUACGGAGUUGGCAAGAUGAUGGCAGACAUCCGGCAGUUCGGGCUCGCGUUGCAGGCUCUGCCCAUUCCCGUCACCCCCUGGGUGCCCACCCCAGCCGUCUCUCCUCAGCUCAGUACAGUCCUCAGGUUUGUGGGCCCGGGAGACAAUGUAAAGUCCUGCAGCUUCGCUCAGAUGAUGGAGCAGCGGCUGGAGAAUGCAUUUGCGGAGGCGGAGUCCAAAGUGUUGAACACCCACAGCAGACUCUCGGUUCAGAUUUUGAGUGCCUCCCAGUUGCCGGGCUCGCCCGCAGUGUCCCUGAUCUACGUGGUGUGGAAUGGGAGUGCCUUCCUGAAUGGCACUGCCUCCAGCAACCUCCUCAACCAACUCACGGCCGAGCUGGUGGGGUACUUCCUCUUCUUCCCCCCGCUCGUCAUUGCUGAGCCACUGGAGUAUCACAACCUCAACACUUCGACUGCAACCAGAGACUACUGGGUAAUCUCAGUAAUUCAGGACGUGGACGCCUCGUCCCUGGAGGGAAAUUACCAGAGCUUCGCCAGCCUGAUGGAGCAGCGCUUGGCCGAUGCCUUCGUCGUGGCCCACCAGGAGGGGGCGAGGUUCCGGAGGGCGGCCGCCGCGGGAAGCUACACCGUUCAGAUGGUCAGCAUUAGAAGAGUGCCUGGUCCGAAGAACUCGGCUGAACUGACCUACUAUGCUCUGCUGAAUGGCGUCCCUUUGUCUGGCACCUCUGCAGCCAAGAUCCUCAACACGGUGGACUCCCAGACCAUGGCUCUUACUCUGGGCUACUUCAUCCAGCUCCAAGCUGAACCCGUGGUGAAGAACCCGCCCAACAACCUGUGGAUCAUUGCCGCGGUGCUGGCGCCCAUUGCCGUGGUGACAGUCAUCAUCAUCAUCAUCACUGCCGUCUUGUGCAGGAAGAACAAGGGCGACUUCAAGGCAGACGCCAUGGGCAACCUCAACCCCCGCGCAAAGACAUCGUAUCGGAGGGAGGCCAGCUAUUACCACCAGCCGGUGCAAGGCUUUGACUAUGCCAAGCAACACCUUGGCCAGCAGGGCGGCGAUGAGGAGGCCCUACCUGUUACGCAGGAGACGAUGGUCCUGCCCCUUCCCAUACGGGACGCCCCUCUGUCACAAGAGAGGGGGAUGCACCUGGAUGGGAGCGGCUCCAAAAAGACUCUGUCCGGUGAAAUUCGCAAAAGCAGGUUGCCUAGCGAGGACGGUUCCCUCGUCAGCAACGAAUCAGGGAAGCUGCACUCGGGCAGGGGCUCGACGGUACAGAAAGUCCCGGCACAGCAGAAAAUGGCCAAGGAGGAGGCUCGCACCAGAAGUGCAGAUCCCUACGACUCCUCGUCGGGCUCCCUGCAGCUCAUCUCCAUUAAGCCCAUGACGGCCCUGCCCUACUCUCACCCCGCCUCCUCUGACCGAAGCCAGGACUCCGCCAUCCACAACGGAGAGGUAAACAUGGCCCUGAAGCAGAAAUCAGACAUCGAGCACUACAGGAACAAGCUGCGACUCAAGGCCAAGCGGAAGGGCUACGACUUCCCGGCCAUCGACACCAGCAACAAGUCCUACACGCACCGGCAGAGACACGGCCAUGACAAGGCCCACAUGGAGCUGAGCAAGGCCCCGGACCCCGACGAGGAGAGGGCCUCCACCUACGUCAAGUCCAGGAGGAGACACCCCCCGAUGAGUAACCCGGCCUGCCGGAGCCGCCAGUCCUUGAACAGCCCCAGCCCGGGCGGGACCGAAAUGGACCUGCUCGUCAUGAGGGAGAGGCCCAGGAGGGGGAUCCGCAACAGCGGCUACGACACGGAGCCGGAGCUGAUCGAGGAGACCAACGUGGAUCGGCUGAUGGGCUCCAAGGGGUAUGCUAGCGGGCGACAGGUCAAAGGUCACUCGGAGACGUCCACUCUGAGCUCGCAGCCCUCCAUCGACGAGGUGCGGCAGCAGAUGCACCUCCUCCUGGAGGAGGCCUUCAGCUUGGCCUCCGCAGGGCGCUCCACUCAUGGCCACGCCCCCUACCACCACCUCCACGGCCCCUACAGUCCAGGACAGGCCCUCCCCUACUCGGACAUGGUGACCAGUGCCCCCGGGACCAUGAACAGGCCCCAAGGAGGGCUGCAGUGGGUGCCAGCCUACGGACCAGAAGUGUACCAGUGCAGCCUGCCCAAACCUGCCUUCCGGUUCACUCAACUUCCAGACAUGGCUGUGGGGACCUCCCCACCCCCAAUACCCCCAAGAACAGGCCCUGCUUCUGCAGCACAGCUGGGGCGCUCCUCUUCUGACAUGGGCCCCAAGGCCAGGACCUCAGAGUCCUCCAUCCCUGAGACACACAACCAGCGCAACAGUGCCCCCUAUGUGCCAAGCACCAGACCACCCCUUCCUCCUGUCACAACUGAUCAGUCCAUGGUAAACUACUCAGGAAACCCAAUAACAGCAGUGUAUGCCAUACCAGCUAGCCGGGCCGGCUACUCGGGCUACUUUGUCCCCACGCCCCCCUCGUCCUACCGGAGCCCCUCCUGGAUGUCGUACCCCCCGGAGCCGGAGGACCUUCCGCACCAGUGGGCCGACUCCGUGCCCCUGCCGGGGUAUGCCGAGGCCUUCCCUCACCCCCAGUACCCGCGGGGCAGCCCCCUGGGGUUGCCGCGGCAGUACAGCCAGGCCUCGUCCACGCGCAGCGGCCCGGAGCAGCCCCCCACCACGCCCUCGACCGCCGCCUCCCAGCAGAGCCUGACGGAGACGCUGGAGACCCCCGACACCUCCCUCAGCAACAUCUCCACCACCGCCCUGGUCAAGGCCAUCCGCGAGGAGGUGGCCAAGCUGGCCAAGAAGCAGACCAACAUAUUUGAUUUCCAGGUCUAGCACCACCCCCCCCCCCCUCCCCUCGGGACUCGGUGGCCAGGCGACUUUCGUGUGUGUGUAUGUGUGUUUGUGUGUGUGGGUGUGUAUGUACCGUGACCCUGGAGACCUGAUUCCUGGUUUGCCCACCCCCAGGCAGGGUGGGCAAAUCCUUCUUGGUUUUUUACGUCUGUCUCAGUUUGUCUUUCAAUUUUUGUUUUGGCUGCUUUUUUUGGAUGAUUUCUUCUAGUUCAUUGUAUAUUUCUCAUCGAAAGGCUAAAUGUAAAACGCAUUGUUAUACGUGGAAUGUAGAGGUCCUAAACGGGGACUACACACUAUAAAGCAACUCUGGUAUCGGUACGGCAUUGAAUUAAUGCACGCGGUGAGCCUGUUGGCCAAAACAUCAUUUACAAUGGAUAUUAAAGCUACUGGGCUUUCUGCUGUGAGCAUUGUGAUCAUAUGAAAGUGUUUAUUUCUUUUGAGACGACAGGUGGAUCGUCCUCAUUUUGCAUCAGUAGUUAUGAGAAGGUCAACAUUACAAUGGAAAGUAUGAUUUGCAUGAUGUACAAUGAAGUACAAAAAACAUGGAAGUAAUGAUGUGAUUGUAUGUUUGGGAUAAAUGCAUCCAGUGAGGAGUCCCAUGUCAUGCCAUAGACACACAUAUAAAAGACCUCCACAUUGGCCGUGAAUAGAGCUACAUUGUUUCUGCAGUCUCCCUGAAUGAAAAUGAAAGCAAUUGCACACCAUGGAUAUAUACUGUACAUUCUCAUUUUAUUCCUAGCUGUCACAGUUUCACUGUCUAAACUCAAAUUCCCAAAAGUUGGUGUCACACGCCAGUGUAACACCCCUGUGAGGGAGAUGCGGCAGUGCCAGGGAACACCGUUGGUUGCCGCAUGGAGAGAGAGAGAUAGCGCACCCACACAAACAGAUAUAAAAUAAACGCCAUCUUCACCCUUCCCCCUUAUGGGUUCCAGGCAAAAACCAAACAACAAACAACAAACUAAAAUAACAAAGACAAAAAAACUAAAACAGAGCGACAACUAUUUCAGUUCCCUCUCUGUAGCAAGCCUUUUCCCUGUCAUGUUAAAAGAAACAAAACGAAAGUAAUUAAACGAAACCCAAAUAAAGAAACUCGCUCUCGGUGUGAGCUCCCGGUCUCGGCCCCAGACUGUGGAGAGCAGCACACCUUUAAGCACCUGGGCUGAUUAACUAAUGCAGCCCAGGUGCGUGUGCUCUCUCCACCAGUCUGCACAAACUAGACAAAUCCGCCUCUCCAGCGGACCGAAUCCCAACAGUUGGUUCAAACUGACCAUUUACCAAAAUUGGAGAUAUAUGAUAUGCACCAUAAUAUAUUAAUUUGCAUACAUUCUUUUUUGAGAAUUGAGGAAUGGUUCCUUAACAUGAGAUAAUUCAUGUUUCUAGAAAUUACACCCAUCUAUAAUUGCUAUCAUUGUGGUUAUAUAAAUGAAAGCUGAACAAAGGCCUAUUCUUUCAAUCAUAUACAACGGAAUUAUAAUAUUUUCAAGUCCAUUUUGUUAUGGAGCAUAAUUGUCUGUUGCAUAUGUAUUAGUAAGUAAUUGGCAUGUAUUUAACAAAGAAGAAUGCUCUCGCUGCAUGCUACCCUUGGAUAUUUGACAUAAGGGCCUUUUGUAUGUAAGGGGGUUGGCUGUCAAAAACACUCAUAGCUCACUGAGCUGGUAAAGUUAUUGAGCUCCGUAGUGAAGCUAUAUUCAGAAACGUGGAUUCAUUACAGUGAAUUGUGAAUGUCCUAUGUAUGAGUAUGUUUUUAUGUUACUCCUCUGCAACUUAUAAAGGAAAAUCAUUGAAUGCACUUUAUAAUUUCAAAGCACUGAUAACAAUAUUGAAAGGCUAGAGCAAGGAAGUACCUAGGAGGGGCCAGAGUUAGGAUUGAGGCUUUUGGUCAUCGUUUCUUGUAUGGCUUUGAAUCUGAAUGACACAGGCAGUUCCUGGUACUAAGCGCCAGACCUCAAAUAUCAAUGUGAAUGUUAUGCAAUUAUCAGAAAAAAUGAAAAACUCAAAAAUGCAAUUUUUUUUAGAAUUAAUACGGAAAUGAGAAAUGCAUAGAUUUAGGGUUGGAAAGUACCCAGAUUAUAAAAAUAUCAGCAUAUUAGCACAUUUGUGCUAUGUCAACUUUUUAGUGAACAACCUGCAAUACCAUAUUUGACCACUCGAUUGGGGCAAAUUGCAUAUUGCAGCUGCAGUGUAGCACUGCUUCCAUAGAAACCCACGCUAUCGCAACAAGAAGGUGGUUGUCAGUGGCCCUGUGCAAUGAUAAGGGGAUAUGAAUGUUCACUGUGCAAAAAAAAAAAAGAUUUACACGGUUUUAUAUUGUGUAAUUUUAUAAUUCUAUUUAAAAUGCAGUAGAGUAGACUCUGCAUCCUUGAGGGACAUUCCUGCACAACGAGGGACAUGUGUGCUCGCUAGGUAUCAAUGGAUCCAUGAAACUCAUGAGCUUGCUUUAAAAUUGUUUAUUUAGCUACUGACUGAACUAAGCAGGAUGGUGAUAAACUUGCAAGUGUGCACGACAAUUCAAAAAAGUGCUCGAAGUGUUGCCUUCUUCUGACAUCACCAAAGUUGGCAGAUUACCUCCUUUAAGUCUUUAGGUUUCCCUUUAUAAUGUGGUUUAAGGCCAAUGUGGUUUAAGGCCAACAUACUGCCACACUGAAGAUGCAUUCAGUGGAGUUGCAUUUAAAUUUUUUUUUUUUUUUUUUGCAAUGAAAUCUUUGGGCUAUAUUUUCCUCUUUACUCCCAAUUCACUAGCCAGUAGGAUCUUUUUUCUUUCUUUUUUAACAUAUUAAUAGUAAUUUUAUCCCACUACAUUGCUUGUGCUGUGUGCAUCACAAUGUCAUCUUCAUAAGUAGUGUCAGUACUUUACAAAGGGAUUCUAAUGGAAUACUUAUUCAUAUAUACACUUUAAAAUGGUACACUAACAGUUUGGGCAGUAUUGAAAUGGUAGUAUUGGUAUUUUAUAGAGACCUAUCACGGUAUAUGGUGUUACUGGAUAUAGGACAACUACAUUGAAUGAUUAAAUAUCCAAAUGUGUCAAAUACAUGGGCCUACUGAUUAACUAUAUACAUACCAUCGGCAGUAUAAAGUACAAUUUUUGGUUGAAAAUCCAGAUAUUGAAUCCCCAGUUGCAUUUCACAGGUCUGUUUCUUUCUCCCACAUGUAUAUUUGUAUGUGUUUGAUUCACAAACUAUUUUUGUAAAUAGUUAGGAAAAGGACUGAAGACCAUUGAAGAAACGUUUUGCUUGGGCUGAUCUUAGUGUGCAUCUAAAAUCUCCAGCUAAACAAAGAAAUAAUAAUAUCUCUUCUGAGUCACAGUUCAAUUAAAUAGACAAAGACUGCACAAGUGUAUUAUACUUCAGUCAGCCAGCCAACGGAUGCCAGCAUAUCCUUGUUUAGUGCAUCUUCUUAUGUAUCUGUUUUUAAUCAUGCUCAUAUUUUUUGUAAAGUGCAAUAAAUUAUAUUUCUCACACUCAUUUUGGGAGAUGAACACUGGAUGCAAACCCAGACAGUGUACUGUAUAUAUUUAUGUAUAAUUGUACAGCUUUUCAUCGAGUGUUUUAAUGCUUCAUAUUGGUUUCUAGUUUUUUUUUUUUUGCUGAUGUAUUGAAACCUGCAUUGAUGAUGUCAGAUGCUUGAUGAUGAUACAUGUUAUUUGUUUUACAGUCGUCGACCAAAUUCAUUUGUAAAAAUUAAUGCAUUCGCAUUGUACUGUUUCAAAAAUAAUAAUCAUCGGGAAAAAAAAUCAAGAUUAUACAUAAUCUGAAAUCAAUAAGAAGGAGCCUAAUAAAAGUGUUGGUAUGAGUGUA